GGCUCCUCCCUCUCCCAACCUCAAGAGAGGGAGGGAGAAAGAGAGUGGAGGAUGAGUCAGACAGGAAAGUAUGCUGGGGUCUGUGUGAGCAGAGGCACUUAUCUCCGCUGGCCUGGAGAGAGCCCUAGGACAACCCCCCUAUUCUCCUCUUUUAGGCAAAGUUGUCCAGGGCCUUUAGAUCUCCAGGCAUGAAGGCCAGAGGGAUGGGGACCAGGCAGGGGUUGCCACGCUUGGCUUUGGCUAUUCCCUUUGUGCAAGGCUCAGUCAGGCUCCCUCCUCUCUAAAAAGUUGCAAACAAGUCGUCCUGGGCGAGUGGGAGGUGAUCUGGAGAGAGGGAGAAGCAGGGCAGUGAUUUCUCUCUGAAAGUUCACUCAUGGCCCAAGCUGACCAUCUACGGGGCACUUGCCUCCAAGACAUCCAGCUGCAAUUCUGGACGGAGUCCCAGCAGGUAGUCCCUGGCCUCUUAGCCCCAGCAGUGAUUCUGGGGGUGGCCCUGGGCAUCAGUUGUGCAGUUUUGCUCUGUAUCUACGUGAUCAAGCCUCUGCUUCAGAAAAAGAAAGAUGAUUCCCAAAGUCUCCUUAAAAACUUGGAUGCUGAUGUACAUCUUUAUGAAACUGAAUCACUACCAAGAGAGAAGAGAAAGGAAGCCCAAACACCAACAGAGGAAGGAAUUCUUGGGGAAUAUGAGUCACCACUCAACAGUAACAUCACAGCGUUUGCAUCAAAGGCAAAAGUGGUCUAUCCCAUCAACCAAAAAUUUAGGCCUCUUGCAGAUGGAUCAUCUAAUCCAUCUUUGCAUGAAAAUCUGAAACAGGCAAUUUUGCCAAAUCAAAUGAUGGAAGUUUCUCCUUCAAGUAGUCUUGGUUCCCUCAGCCAGGGAGACAAAGAAGACUGUAGUUCUUCUACCAGUAUGCACUCUGCUAUUAGUGAUGACCGAUUCCAUGAUAGAACCUUCCUUAAGGUGAAUUCUUUCCCAGAGGUGUUGACCUGUGAAAGUUUUGAUAUUAGCUUGUGUCUGCAUAGCCUUCACCUGAAAAACCUGCUGCUCUUAGACAAGGACCUGAGGCAGGAAAAAUAUAUGAUGUUUAUCCAAAUCCUCAAAAUGUCCCUCAUUGAUAUUCUUCCUAAGAAGAAAGCUGGUGAUGACAUGUAUCAAAAGAUCAUUUCAAAACAAGAAAUGGAUUUGGAAGAAUUAGAAAAACAAAUUCAUUCCAAAUUAUCAAAUACAGAGAUGUUGGGUGCUGGUAGUUCUGAAUAUUACACACUGGAGGAUAUUGAAAGGAAAGAGAGAGAAUACUCAGAACACAUAAUAGAUAAUAUGGAAGCCUUCUGGAAGCAAAUGGAAAAAACCCAGCAGUUUCUUCUAGACCAGUUGAAAUGUUUAAGUGCCAAAGUAGGACAGAUCAUGCAGAAUCUAGUGGAAAGAAUGAUUAGAACAGAAGAGUUAUUAAGUGACUCUCAGGACUUGCAGACCUUGGAUAUUCAAGAAAGAACAAUAGGUUGGGAAUAUAUGGCCAAAAUGAUCAACUCCUUAAAAUUGCAAAUACAGGAAGAGACUAAAUGUCAAUUGACCGUGAUUUCCCGAGCACUGGAGUCAUUAACCAUUGCAGGGAAACUCUCAGUAAGACAGAAGGAAGAGCUACUAACACAAUUGCACAAAGCUUUCUGGGAAGAAGUAGAACAUUUUAAUAGUGAAUUUGUUCAGAGAGGUAAGGACCUAAUCAAGACUUCUCUGGCUCACCGGGAGGUGAUAAUAGAAAAGAUGACAUUGACUCAUGAGGAAGAGAGAGUACACCUUCUUGGAAAAGCACAAAAAAUGACUGAUCCUGAUGAAGUACUUAAGGCUUAUCAUGAAGUCCUGGAAAAGCAGCGAAUGACUAGAUAUGACCUCGAAGAGGAGGAGGAUUUUAAGACUACCGAAGCAGUCAUCAAGCUGUGCCAGGAACUAUAUAGCAGCACCAUACAAACUUUUGAAAAAUGCGUAGAAGAAACAUUUCUUCAUACUCUCUUGGGAAUGACUGGCCUUUCCUUGGGAGAAUGCGAACAAUGGAGGCAAGACGUCCAACACAGUGGAGCCCUCGACUUGGAGAAGUCAGAUCGCUUCCGGGAAAAGCAAUGGACGCUUUUCCAAGAACUUCUUGACCAAGAAAAACAGCUUUGGGCUGAAGAGUAUGCCUUGUCUGGCAUCAUGCAGAAACAGUGUUUGGAGAAACAUGAGAACAUUAUCCGUGGAGUGCUAUGCCGCCUGGGUGGUCUCAGCGAAGAGUCAAGAAAAUACAUUUUACAGAAACAUAAGCUGAUGAUGAGCUCAAUCCUCAGAAGACUCUCACUCCGAAAUAUUGCUGCGGCCACAAUGACUCAGAUGAGAAUGUCCAGAAAAAAGUGUCUCCUUCAGGAACUAAAAGAACAGUACAUCCUAGAAAAGAGUUCCUCUCAGUGUCAGGAUGAACACCAGUGGCAUCUCCUUAAAGCAAUGGAGUCUCGUAUCCUGGAAGAAGAGAAGAAAGUAAAGGAGGAGACUCAACAAACACGUCUAGAAUUCCAUCAGCAGUUCAUUUUGGAAGUUCAAGAAUGUGUACAGUUUCUGCAUCAACACAUGCAGCGAGUGAUUGGAGAAGCCUUGCUUGAGCAUGCUCGGUGUGAUAUGGCCAAGAACAGAGGCAAAGACAGAGAUGACUUCAAGGGGACACUGAUAGAAGCCGCUGUAGAGAGCGUAUACGUGACCAGCAACAAUGUCAACAGGCUUGUCCAUAGUUACUACCAACAAAUUGGGAAAAUCAUGCAGGGCCAUGAAGAGAGGAAACUCCAGCAGCUCAAGACAUUACAGGCUGAAAGAAUGGACAAUUAUAAGCUUCAGAAGAAAGCGGAAUUGAGCGACCAGUCACCAAGCAGAAACACAUCCAGCCCUGCCUCUGAUGUACCCAGCACUGUCCAUCAAAGGAUGUUGUCACAGCAAAAGAAGUUCUUGGCCCAGUUUGAUGUGCAUCAGCAGAUUCGCUUGGCCUCCCUGAAACAGACUGCAGAAGCAAUGGAUCACCUCGGAACCCAGCUUGAGACCCAGAUGAAGGAAGCUGAGCAAAUUUUUAUCACUGAGUUGGCAGCCCUGGCUCGAGUGCCUCUCACCGAAAGCAAACCAGCAGCCAACAAGAGAGGACAGCCUGAGAAAUGUCUGAGGAACAAAAGGAAGAAGCUCCUUACUCGAGAAAAUGAUGAUCCCAGCCAGCUGAAUGAAGAUGACUCAGCUCCCAGGGGCCAGACUUCAGGAUCUUUCAGAUUACAGAAUCAAGGUGAAAGUGAAGUGGGUGAACAAGACAACUCAAAGAAGAUCAGGAAAAAAAGAAGUAACCUCUAGUCACUUGCAAAGACACUGAGGUGUAAGUAUUGAGAGCAUUGCCUAGAAAUUGGAAGACCUGGCUGUGUCUCAGUCUCCUCAUUUAUUAACCACUGAAGAUACUUGUGAAAUCUUCACGUUUUUCUUUUUUGUGGAUUAAGUUUGAUAAUUUUUAUGGAAAAGGAUUUUUAAAACUUUAAGUAUUAUGUAAUGAGAAAAUGAUGUUGCUAUCCAGGACCAGAAAGCAUAAAAAAAUUACCAGAAAAAUAAAUAUUUUUUCUCCAUAUGUUAAAAAAAGUAGGCUUUGCAAAUUCUUCACUUUAUCACCUUAAGGAAAUCGGUUGUACUUCUUGGAUCUCAUCUUCCUCAUAUAUGAAGAGAAGAAAUUGGUCUUUGUGAUCCCUCCCAAGGCUAACAUUUUUUCUUCUAAACUUUUCAUUCCAUUUUUCCUGGUCUGCUGUCCUAAAUCAAAAAUAGCCUCAUUCUGUGCAAAUGAUGCCAAUUUUUAAAAAGAAAAUAAAUUUGGAAAAUUGAUGCAGCUACAAAUAUUUUUAUGACUAGCAGAACUAUUGGAUUAUAUCAUGCUUACUUUUGUUUCUAGUCCAUUCUUUUUCUUUUUUUAAAGAAAAGUGGCUUCAAAAACCUAUCUCAUAGUGCCCUCCUGUGGCAGAAAAAAAUAUUUGUGUUCUGAAUUUUUGAGAAAGUGGAAGUACUUCCAUUUAUCAUCUCUAUCAAUAAAGAAACAUUCAUUAAAUCUCUACUUAGAGCCAGUCUUUGGGAUACAAGAGGCCAAAGACAAUCCUGCCUCCACAGAACUUACAGCCUUUCACCCAUUUAGAAACAAGUUUUUCUCCCUAAACUUUUUAAGUCAUACUUAUUGAAUUUCAAAGAUAAAUGAUAAUACCAUCUUUUAUAGCUAAUAAUCAAUCGAAAGGCAGUAGGAUUUAGUAGAUAGAAGGCAGUCUUUGGAACCAGUAAGAUUUGUAUUCAAGUCCCUCAUCUGACAUAAACUAGCUGGGUGACUAUAGGCUAGCCACCAACUCCAGCAGUUUCUCUGUCCCCCUAAGGUUGUAAGUUCCAUGAAAGGAUGCUGAUCUUUAUCCAAUGAUGCACUUUCCACAAUGGAAUUUCCUGAUUCCAAUAAAAUCACAGGGACAGACUACAAAGGCAAGGUUUGCAUUACUAUGGUACUUUUAUCAUUUGCACAACUCUUGGUGUGCUCUCUGUCAUUAGAUGAUCUUAAGAACUUGUUGAGUCCGGGAAGUAGGUUCUGUAGCUCAAGUAACUCAAGUAUUUUACCCAAUAAGUGGCAGGAUCAGAACUUGAGCCCCAAACUGACUCGAAACCCAGAUCUCUUUCUAGGAUACCAUUGCUGCUUCCUAGCUGAGGAAAUGGAGUCAUCCUUACCCAAGGAAUAGUUAAAAAGAAAAGCAGAUGGUAAUAGAGGAAAAAAUGGUUAACUUGAAUUCAAAUUCAAUCUCCAAAACUUUUGAAGAGUGGGAUAGGUUGGUAACUAUGAAGUCCAGUCAGUGCCUCUCACUUAAAAUGAGUAAUAAGAAGUCCAACAAAUCAGUCAUAGGCUUUGGGGUAAUUAGGAAAAUGGCCAAAGCAUGAGUAUAAUAUAAAUUAUCAAAUGAGUUGAAAAGGGAAUGAUUCCAGGAACUAGAACAAGUGUGUUUUUCCAGCUAGAAACCACUUGGAGACUUAAAUAAAUUUUUAAAAAUAAUUUUAAA